AAAUCAAUUCAAAAGGAAUAAACAAAGUAGUCUCCAACUGUCAACAGACUGUGUUUAGGUUCCUCUCACUCUCUCUGAUCUCAAGUCUCCCCUCCAAUCCAUGUCCUCUACUUUACACUUUCCCCACCAAUCUUUGUGCUCACUCAACAUCUCACAUUACUCUUCCAAAUUCCAACCUUUGUUUUGCUUGCAUCCUUGUCUCUAACACUUUUUCUGAUCCCAACCUUUCUGCUUUUCUCUGUUUCCAUUCACUCUUCCUUCAAGCCAUGAAACUACCACCACCAUUAGUCCUUCUCAUUCUCCUCUUUCUCUUCCCCUCCAUUAUCAUCUCAGCUUCUCCACCUCUUCCACCAUCACCCUCACCAAAACCAGCACCAUCACUAUCACCAUCACCAAAACCUUCACCAUCAUCUCCUUCAUCUUCACCUUCCACUCUUGACCCAGAUCAGCUCAAUGCUCUGAAAUCACUCCACAUCCCCACUUCCAAGGACCCCUGCUCCCAAAACGCCACACUAUGCGAUUCCUCCAAACCCUUCCGCCACCUCAUCUCCCUCCGCCUCUCCAACUGCUCAACCUCCACCUCUCUCUCCUACAACGCCCUCAAAUCCCUCUCCACUCUCCAAUCCAUUCAAUUCCUCAACUGCCCCAUUUCUCCAAUCCACUUCCCUCCUGAACUCACCUCCUCCCUCCGAUCCUUCACUUGUAUUAGCAGCCUCCGCAAACUCACCGGAAUCUGGCUCUCUCGCCUUGAAAAUCUCACUGAUCUCACCGUCUCAAACGUGCCCCUCAAAGCCUCUGGUCCUUACGUUAUACUUGGCCACAUGACUAAGCUCAAAACCUUAACAAUCUCCCACGCCAAUCUCUCUGGUAAUCUUCCAAAGUUCAUCCAUUCCAGCCUUACCCAGAUCGAUUUUUCCGGUAACAAGCUCCAAGGAAACAUACCCUCUUCCAUUACAUUACUCGAUAGCCUUGAAAGCUUGAAUCUCUCUUCCAAUGGUCUCAAAGGAGAGAUACCCACUUCAAUCGGAGACUUGAUUUCAUUGAAAACUCUCUCACUGGCUUCAAAUUCAUUCUCUGGGCCGAUCCCUGAUUCAAUUUCUGCUAUGCCCGAUUUGGUUCACAUGGAUCUGAGCUCAAACCAGCUCAACGGAACUGUUCCGAAGUUCAUUUCAGAAAUGAAGAACCUGAAACACUUGAAUCUAGCUAACAACAAUCUUCGAGGUGUUGUACCAUUCAAUUCAACUUUCAUCAAGGGAUUGGAAACGUUUAAGGUGGGUGGGAACAGCAACUUGUGCUAUAACCACUCUGUUCUGUCUUCGAAAUUGAAGCUUGAUGUUGCUCCUUGUGAUAAGUACGGAAUGCCGGUGUCUCCUCCGCCGGCGAAGGAUUCUGAAGAUGAUAGCAGUGAUUUGGACUACAGUGACGGUGGCGAUGAUGGCGGCAGCAGCAGCCACAAGAAAGAGAAACAUCAUGGGCCGAACAAGGUCGUUCUUGGUGUGGCGAUUACUCUGUCUUCCAUUGUGUUUCUGAUUGUGUUCAUGAUCUUGUGUUGCAAGUGCUGUCACUGAAGAGUAGAAUUUAGAUUAGGACAGAUUGGUGAUUUUGAGUUGGUGGUUGUUUGAUUCAUUUUUACUAUACAAUUGUUACAGAGGAAGGUGAUUGCAAAAAAAGAAGUUUAUUCUUUUGGGGGGAAAUAUGAAAAGCAAGUAAUAAAAAUAGGUGAUGGGGGGGGAAAUCAGCAUAUAAUUUUUUUUUGGCAUUGAGGAGGGAAAAGUUCAGGCGUUUCGACUCCGGUCACUGUAGAACAUAACAUGUUUUUAGGAUCACAAGUUGCUUAUAAAGAUAUUUAUAUGUCAUUUAUCAAUAGAGCUCUCACAUCAGCAGCGAAAAUCAAACACAUAAUCUUCUGAGAAGAUGUGUAUUGUACUUACAAUAUGAGUCAAUGUUGAUAAAUGAGCUGUUCAAUUUUUUACUUUU